AGGGAAGUCAAAGUGUCAACUCUUAGACAAACAAAAUCCGCAUCCCGGUCCUUUAAGGGGAAAAAAACCCAACUCCAUUGUAAAGCCGUUCAAAACAGAGUGGAGCUGGAGGAUCUGGAGGCUGCCGUCAUGGUGAAGGAUGUUCCGGAAAGUUAAAAAGCGCCACAGCAGCAGCAGCUCUCAAAGCAGUGAGAUCAGCACGAAGAGUAAGUCUGUGGACUCUAGUUUAGGAGGUCUCUCCAGGUCAAGCACUGUCGCCAGCCUCGACACAGACUCUACCAAGAGCUCAGGUAACAGCACAUCGGAAGCAUGUGCCGAGUUCAGGGUGAAGUAUGUGGGAGCAAUUGAAAAACUGCAGUUUGAUAUGAGCAAGACUCUCCAGGAGCCUCUGGACCUCAUCAACUAUAUUGAUGCUGCUCAGCAGGAUGGAAAGCUGCCAUUUGUGCCAGGGGAUGAGGAGAUGAUUUUAGGCGUAUCCAAAUAUGGCGUCAAAGUCGCCUCAUUGGACCAGUGUGAUGUGUUACAUCGCCACCCUCUCUACUUGAUCGUACGUAUGCUGUGUUAUGAUGAUGGCCUCGGAGCAGGGAAAAACCUCCUGGCUCUCAAAACCGCUGAUGCAAAGCAAGAGGAGUGCAGCAUCUGGGUUUAUCAGUGCAGCAGUGCGGAGCAGGCCCAAUCUAUCUGCAAGGUGCUGUCCGCUUCUUUCGACUGUGCCUUGACAUCGGACAAGUCCUGAGGCCAGAAAUGGGAGUUAAAAAUCUGUCCAAACGAGCAUUUGCGCAGUCUCAAAAACCACCAUCAGUUUAUUGGGAGCCCAACCGCAGCUGUGUUGAUUUUCUAGAAAUUGCAACCUUUUCCUUUUCCUUCUACUACAUCUUUCCU